AUGUCUAGAUGUGCAUUAAAAUUACCAUUAACGAAUGCCGAGCGACAAAGGCGUUGGCGCGAAAAACAGAAAGCAAAAAAUGAGGAGGACUUCUUUAAAAAAGAAGCAAAAAGAAAAAAAGAGAAAUAUAUUCCCGUUGAAUGUCUAGGGGCUAACGCUCUUAAAAAACGUCGAGAAGAUGGACGUAAGAGGUCGAAAAGGAGUUAUGACAAACUAAAGACACAAGAAAAUGUAAAGACACACUUGCAAGAGAGGAUGACGAAAGCAAAUAAGAGAUUACAGAAGCGUCUUGAGAGAAUUAAAAAGAAGUUUGUGGACAGUAGCGAUUCUCAUGAUGAUAGCGAUUACGUUGACAGCAUCAACGAGAACAAUUCAGUGGAUAUAACAAUGACUCCAAAUUCUAAAACGAAACAUGAAAUGAAGUUGUUGAACCUAGAAAAAAUAACUAACGGAAAGCGCCAAACUACAGUUAGGAGAAAACUGUCAUUUAUCCGCAAGAAGUUUUUGCUUGCGAACACUAUGGCUUCAGAAAUAAAGGAAAGUGUAACGGGGAAAAAGAAGAAAAUAAAUUCUGCUAAAAAAUCAUGGAAAGGAAUAACAGGAAAGUACAGAUGCACAGCAAUCAUGGGAAAGGCUUUAGGGGUUAGCCGGAGGAAGGUGAGGGUACUUGGUACAGCAAGAAAAACAAGCACCGGGACAAAGUAA